UCUCUGGCUGCGGCGCUCUAACUCGUCUUCUUCUUCUUCUUCUUCGCCUCCCGGAGACUCGCGCGUGAGGGGGGCGUGUUCGUUGAACUGCAGCAGCUUCCGCUCUCUGGCGUCACACAUGUAGCACAACAUGGCCCCUGCAAGCCGGGCUGUUGUUGUGGUAGCGCUCUCAUUGCUCUACCUGUGUCGGGCAAUCUUCUCCUCCGAGUAUUUCUCCACUCUGACUUUGUUCAACAAUGAGCUCCACAAGCAGGGAUGCAGCUCGCUGUCCGAGUGGGAAGAGUACGCGGCUGACUGCGAGUCCUCAAUUUUACAGUUGGAGGACCCAGACUGUGAGGAGGGAAGCAACCCGCCCUGCGAGUCAGUCUUCUCACUUAACGCAGAGAAGAUCCUGAACCAGGCCAAGUUGUUUAUAGAGCAGAAAAAAAUCCCCUUCCCUGUAGAUAACCACAACACAAACGAAGAAUUCGCUAUAGGCUACGUUCUGAUAGGCAACGGCCUUUAUGAUGAAGCCAUCAAACACUUCUCACUCUUAUUACAGGGCGACCCAGAGCUGGUCAGCGCCAUCUAUGGGAGAGGGAUAGCUUAUGGAAAGAAAAGUCUACAGGACAUAAAGAAUGCUGACUUGGCAUUGUAUGAGCUCAACAGAGUCAUCACCCUGGAGCCUAACUGGCCAGAGGUCUACGAGCAGAGAGCAGAGAUCCUGUCUCCUCUGGGUCGUAUCAGUGAAGCCCUGAGCGAUCUGACCAAAGCCAUCCAGCUGCAGCCCUCAGCCCGUCUCUACAGACACAGAGGAACACUGCUCUUCAUUUCAGAGGACUAUGUGGCAGCUAUGGAAGACUUCCAACAGUCUUUAGAGCUGAAGAAGAAUCAACCUAUCGCCAUGCUGUAUAAAGGCCUCACCUUCUUCCACAGAGGCAUGCUCAAGGAAGCCAUUGAGACAUUUAAAGAAGCACUGAAGUUGAAGUCUGACUUUAUAGAUGCCUAUAAAAGCCUUGGACAGGCCUACAGAGAGCUGGGUGAUUUUGAGUCAGCGAUGGAGAGCUUCCAGAAAGCCCUCAUGUUGAAUCAGAACCACAUCCAGUCUCUUCAGCUGCGGGGCAUGAUGCUGUACCACCACGGCUCGCUGCAGGAGGCCAUAGGCAACUUCAAGAGGUGUCUUCAGUUGGAGCCCUACAACGAGGUGUGCCAGUACAUGAAGGGGCUGAGUCACGUGGCGAUGGGCCAGUUUUAUGAGGGCAUCAAAGCUCAGACUAAAGUCAUGUUGAACGACCCGCUGCUGGGACAGAAGGCCAGCUCUGAAUACCUCAAAGUGAAAUACCUCAGAGAGUACUCUCGCUACCUGCACUCCCACCUCGACAUCCCAGUGGCAGAGUACAACGUGGAUCAGGACUUACCGGGGAACUUUAAGAACCACUGGGCCAAGAACCUGCCUUUUCUAAUAGAAGACUAUGAAGAACAGCCGGGCCUGCAGCCACAUAUUAAAGACGUGCUGCCGCAGAACUUCGACAGCUAUAGCAGUGAAGUCCAGAAGCUGAUCUGCACAGCCGACCACCUGGGGGCGCUAAUGCAAUACGACACUCCUGGUUUCUUACCAAAUAGGAGAAUACACAGAGCCAUGGGUUUAGCAACCCUGGAGGUGAUGCAGGCAAUGCAUCGAACGUGGAGCAACUCCAAAGUCAGAGUCAACGGCAAGACCAGGCAAAUGCAGUGGAGAGACAUGUUCGACAUAGCCGUUAAAUGGAGAAGGAUCGCGGAUCCAGACCAGCCAGUCCUGUGGUUAGACCAGAUGCCCGCCAGGAGUCUCAGUCGGGGCUUCAACAAUCACAUCAAUCUCAUCAGGGGACAGAUUAUCAACAUCAGAUACCUGGCCUACUUUGACAACAUCCUCGACUUCAUCAAAGACAGAAUACUGGUGUACCACGGGGCGUACAACCCCAGAGGACUCUUAGAGGUCCGACAGGCCCUUGAAAAUGUGAAUAAAGUAGAAGAUCUGCUUCCUAUAAUGAAGCAGUUCAAUAGUAAAACCAGAGAUGGCUUCACGGUCAACUCCAAGGUGCCGAGCGUGAAGGAUCAUGGGAAAGAGUAUGACGGUUUUACCAUCACCAUCACUGGAGACAGGGUGGGCAACAUGUUAUUCUCAGUAGAGACGCAGACGACAGAAGAGCGGACGCAGCAGUACCAGUCAGAGAUAGAGUCCAUCUAUAAAGACCUCACCGCCAAAGGGAAGGCGUUAAUGCUGUCUACAGAACUAGGGGAUGCAGACGCUGUGUGUAAUCUUAUCCUCUCCUUGGUUUAUUACUUCUGCAACCUCAUGCCCCUCUCCAGAGGAUCCAGUGUGGUGGCCUACUCAGUCGUGAUGGGAGCACUGAUGGCCAGUGGCAAAGAGGUGAUUGGCAGGAUCCCGAAAGGAAAGCUGGUGGAUUUCGAGGCCAUGACCACACCCAGUCCAGACAGCUUCAGUAAAACAGCAAAGAACUGGAUGAAUCUCAAGAGUUUACCAGGUUGGUACCAGAGUCUUCCGUCUGUAGCAGAGACCUUCCCGUCCACCAGAACAAUGAUCGAGGUUCUCAACACAGACUCGUCUUCACAUUGUCCAAAGAAGUCCUAACACAACUUCCACACAGAAGAGAAGUGUAUUUGAUAAAGUCUUAAUAAUGGAGCUCGUACACUGGACAGAACAAAGGGAAUGUCUUCUUCUGCAGCCCAAACUAAACUGAGCUCAGUUCUCCAAAAGCAUCUUAGCUUUCAUGGUAAUUGGUUAAAUUUUAAAUUCAUAGUGUUAUUGACACAUUUGGGAAGAAGAUAUUGGUCCUGGAUAGAACUGAGCUGAUAUUAAUACAAAUUCAAAACAUUUUAAAGAGACUUUUCCUCGAUGAAGGGUCGAGAAUUAUUUGAUCAGUUAAUCUUAUUUUGGUAUUGAAUCAUCCUCAAAGCCUGCUCUGCUCUCUGUCAUCCUCCCUCACACGACUCAUAGUUUGAGUUCUUAAACCACUCAUACUGGAGGCUUAUGAAUACAUUAUGUCACAAAACCUGAAAUUAGACAUCACAACAAAAGACAAACAGAGCAGCCAUCAUUGGGACACCUGUGAAUUACCUGUGUUAAUAUGUUAUUUGGACACCUGUGUAUCAGCCCACAGUAGAUUUGAUCAUCUUUGUAGGCAGAGGUGUGGACUCGAGUGACAUGAUUUGGAGUCGAGUUAGACUUUCAAACAAAUUUGAUCAGUUUAGACUCGACAAAAUCAAAACGACUUGGAAUUUGACUUGGACUUUAACACCAAUGACUCGUGACUUCACUUGGAAUUGAGCUUUUUCACUUGAAAAUAGUUGAUACCUUCCUGCAAGCCCAAAGAAUAAAAAGUGCACCAUGAAAUAAAUUCAUUUUCCAUCAUUUCCUGAAUCAGUUAGGCCUAACAUAACAUAACCUAUUAAUCCCCAGCAAGUCGACACUUAAUUCCCCAAAUGAUCCACUUUGCUUGAACCAAUCCCACUGCAUCCAGUCAGGUUGUAGGAGAAAACCAAUAAGAACUAACUUUACAUUUCUGACUGCCGGUUGGAAAAAAAUGAUACCAAAGAUAAAUUCAUUUACGUACAAAAACUAUGCUGUCGUCAACAUAAUCUGAAAGUUAAAUUACAGUUGGAGGUGCAACAACUUCCAAUAAGUCUGUUUUAACAAUAAAUACAAAAUUUGGAAAGCAUUUAAUUUAAUGUAUCAUUACUCUUUUUGGAUUACAUUCGGUGAAAAGUGCAUUGUGACUUGUUUAGUUCUCCAAACUCAAGGUUUAAGACUUGGGACUUGAACCAGGACUUGCCAGUCUUGAUUUGGGACCCAACCCGGGACCUACUUGUGACUUGCAAUUAUUAUUAUUACCACUUCUUAAUUAUUUUAAAACAAUAUAUGACACAUUUGGUGAAAUUGUAUAAAUUUUUAAAGCUCAAUAUUGAAUCAAACGUUUGUUCAGGUACAAAACACACUGACAUUAUGGUGCUUGUGACAGCACAUCUUUCAAUCAGUCCCAAUAUUUCCAUACUCCAGCUGUUGGGGAGAACGGCAGAGAACAUUGGUGUCACAGUUUGGGAUGCAGAAGCGAUUCUGUCCACCCUCUCUUUUUCUCUGCUUUAUAGGCCAGCUGAAGCACACAGUGCAUCUCAUGAACCAUCAGCAUGAACAAUUUUAUGUUCCUUAGUCAGUCAUGGUUAAAUCUCAGCUUUAGAUUACCUUGAACUUUAAAUUGGAUGUUACGUUUAGUUUGUAAUUGGCACUUUAAAACUUAAUUUGAACCACUGAGCACAUAUACACGCACUCAGAGUCCAGCCUAUCAGCAGAGAAGGAGUUCUGGGAUUUAAAAAGAAAAUUCUAAAUCCAAAACCUUCAGGGCUAUUGAAUUCCACUUGGGAUACUUGAAGCAGUCUCUUUUGUUUAGUUUUCUUGACACUUGCAGGAAGUGUCACUUCUCUUAUCGGGUGUUGAACCCCGCUUUCUUUUAUCGUGACCAAUAACGGGUUGGUGUUAAGAUGGGUUGGCUGCUGAACUAGUGUGAGAGCAACAGUCAGAGAUUUUUAGAGAAUUGUCAGUGAGGUACUGGUUGCUUUUUGUGACAGUAAGUCCUCAAAGAUUUGUCAGUUAAUCAUUAGUUGACCAUCAGAAAACAUAGAUUAUUUAUUUAAUGACUAAUCAAGCAAAGAUAUCAAACAUGCUGUUGUUCUGAGUUUUAUGUCAUUAUACUAAAUUAAAUAAAUUUGGGUUUUUGGCUGUUUUUGGGACAAUAAAUCAAUGAAGAAAGACAACACGCACUCUCAAAAAAGAAGAAAAAAGUCUGGAGGUGCUCGGCAACAGAACAACAGUAUAAACAAGAAAAAGCCAGCAACACUCUGUGUCCUUUGUAGGCAACUUUUAAUACCUCACUGGUACAGACGGUUAAACGCACAGACCGGUUUCGACAAGUGUCUUCCUCAGUGUGUGAAAAGACAGAAAAGCAGGGUGAGACAUACAGAAGUAACCUCCACUCCCAAUCACACAGCUGCAUGGCAUUAGGUAAUCACCAGAGCACCAAGCAGAAUCCUGAUAAUCAUAGACACACAUCUCAUAGAAGAGAAAAAAGUACAAAACAUGUAUCAGUAGGUAUUAACUGGACCAAUAUCAAGAAAACACAUCUAUAAUAUGAAGUCCUAAGAGUAAUAAAUACUUCCUGAGUACACCCAAAAAAAUAAAUAUAUACAAAAUACUACUUAGCAGCAAAUGGUACAGUAAAAAAUAUAUAAAGUGCCCCAGGUCAAAGCAGUAGAACAUCAUAAUAAAAGGAGCUAAAGUCACUCAGCACAGUUAAAGGACAUAAAGUGCUGAUAUCACGGUGACCCUUCCUAUAUAUAUAUAUAACAAGGCAUACAUUCUAGUACGGCACACAAACAUGGCAGAAUACGGCAUAGAAUAGAACAAAUGUAAAUUUGUCAUAAUACAUCUUAAAACCUAUCAGAAAUAUUGACAGGGCAAACAGUAUGAAAAACAGUGAUAAACAACACUACACAAUUUUAUCUUUUACAAAAAACAGCUCAAGAGAAGUUCUUCAUUCAUACCCUUCGGGUGUUCAGUUUACAGCGUGUGGAUCCAGAAGGCUUCACGUUGUAGCAGCCUUCUCUCAAUAUAGGCCUUUUAGGACAAUAACAACUCGAAGACAUCCUUUUGGACUGUGGGGCAUUUUCUUAUAUUUUUGGAAGUAGUUUGUUGCUUCAUAGUUUUCUUUACAUUUUCAGUUUGACACUACCGAGAAACAGAAGAAAAUAUCAGAUCAUCAGUGCAAAAUCAGUAUUCUUACACGACAAUAUGAAACAGUUAUUUUGGUCUAAGAGUUUAAAAAAAAGAAUGCAGUAAAUCCCCGAAGAAUUCAUUCAAGUCUAUAAAAACUGGAAAAGGAGCAAUGGCCAACAUUUUUUUCUUAUUCCUAGGGCUGAUGGAUUAAUCCCUCCAUUUUUUCAAUUAAUAAUUUGUAAUAGAAAUGAUUAGUUGCAGCGCUUGCUUCAUGUCUACCUAGCUAUGUACUGUGGCAGAAAGACUUAACAAAUAAGGGUAAUAGGCUGCACUCAGUUAUAAACCAAUCAAAAUAUUUGUUAUAAACAUAAACUUUGGCAAGAAAACCCCCACAUCGCGUUCAUAAAAUGAAGUGGUUUUGAGCAAACACUGCUUCCUUUUUAGAUGCCUAAAGAAGGCCCGCCUAAAAAAUCAGUAUCAGUUAGAGUGGAUGCUCUAUUAAGAAUAUUUUAACUGCUCUACCUUGCUGUCAGACAGCCCUGUACAACAGGGAACUGAUGCCGUUAUCGCAAAGCCACCAGACUCUAUUGACAAAAACAGUAAUUUUACUUCACAGAACACUGAAGUUGCUGGUCUGCCGCUGCCUCGAUCAGUCAGUGUGCAAGGUGAAGCAGAGAAAGUAUUCCAAAUGUAGCGUACACUUGAACUGAUUGACUUUUCUAGGUGGCUAAAAUAUGUUUUGCUUUGGCCCCCGUCCACACAGUACUUCAUAAAAUGAGCACCAAAGAAUCCAUUAAACAUUUAAACAUUACAAUUACGGCUGAAAAUGACAACAGAAAUAAACAAGUUGGCUGAUUUAACGUAUCUCCACAACUCAAAUCAGUUGCCAAUUGUCUACCUAGAAGCGACUGUCGUUAGCGCGACAUCACGAUGAGUCGGGCUGUCUCUCUCACAUCGAAAUAAAUAAAGAGUAAAUGCAACCUGGUUGUUUAUAGCAGUGGGAAGUUCUCCACAAGCAUCUUAGCUUUAAUGGUAGUGGUUUGCAUUUUAAAUUCAUAGUGGCACUUGACGCAUUAGGGAAGCAGGCGGUGACUCUUCCUCUUGGUCUUGAAGAGAACUGAGAAAUUUUCUCUAUAAAGUCGUGAGAAUUAUUUGGUUUCAAAAAGCCACAAUUCAUCUUAUUUUGGUAUCAAAUUCUCUCUCAAACCCGGCUCUGUUCUCCGACAUCUUCCCUCACACGACUGUUAGAUUGAGUAAUUAACCCAGUUAUACAGGAAGCUCAUAAAUGUAUUAUUACGUCGCCCACGUCAUCACAAACCCUAUCUUAAUAGGUGUCCUAUAAUUAUGAUAAUUAUAAGAAUAUCUAACAUUUUGUCAUGUACUCAAUAGAUAUUUGUCUCCAAAUUUGGCCACAGAUAUAAAACCUAAACGUUCUCUGACAUCUCUGACUGUUGGGUCUCGUAGAGGAGUAAUUAUAGAUAUGGGUAAAAGCACACCACAUACUGUUAUCGUCUUUGCUAUCAUUCCUUUAGCUUGCAUCGGAUGCCAGUUGGAUUUUCUUAUGAUCUCAUGGGUUAAAUUUGCUUGUAUGAGCCGUUCUUUGAGACACCUGAGAGCAAUAGUUUGAGAGAGAGAGCUCAUAUAUCUUCACGUCUUAAUCAUCAGUUUUUUUUCCCCUGGUCCCGACAUAUGUGACUAAGUUAACUUCGCAUAGCCUCAUCUCUGUCUUAUCAAGAUCACAGUUUAUCUGGGGAAAACCUGGUCAGGAAAAAAGUGGAUGAAAAGGUUUCGGAAAUCUUCAUUAAGACAUUUAAUUGGCUUUAAAUUUUAAAAUCUCUUGUUUGGUUUUCUGUUGUGUCCAUUUAUUAAUUUAAAAGAAUGAGUCUGUUUCAUGAAAACUGAACACACACAGAUACAGAUCAUAAAACUGAAGCUGUUGGGGUGAUAUGUGAGGGGAAAUGAUUUACUCUGAAUGGGAAGUGAUGUUUACAACCUUAAAAAACAAAAGAACUUGAGCGAUAUUGAGGCUAAACUAGCGUGCAUGCAGCUGCUGCCUGUUUUUUAAAGACUCACCAACGUUGGUUUAAGCACAAGGAGGAAACAAUUUCAGCAGAUAAAGGUAUUCAGUCUUAUGAACAAACUUUUUCUCUUUAAUUUCAAUGUCAAUUUAUAAUUGAAUGUCCAGUUUCUUUAUUUUGUCAUUUAAUAAGAUCCACAAAGUCAGAACAAAUUGAUCUUCUCAGCGGCAUAUCUAAUUUAUUUCCUGCCUUAGUCUGCUUUGUGUCACUUUUUCUUUUCCAUAUCAAUGAUUGUGCUGACUGGUCGUCAUUUUCUUUCUGUUGUUUUGCACUGGGUGACCCAGUCAUUAAGUGCUACGGUGGGCUCUUAAAGCCUGAAACUUGAAGGAGGGGAGUUUUUUUUUUUUUUUUAAUUGAAUGAGUGAAUGAAUGUUCAGCAGUCAAUAAAACUGGCUGACAAUUUUAACAGGCUCUGUCCAUUUCUUGGUAAUCUUUAAUUUUUUUAUUUUUUUUUUUUACUUAGUAUCUCAGAAUUUACCUCAGUAGAGUCAAUUUUUAAUUGAGCGCUGUAGCCACCUUCAGUUAGAGAUUUUAUUUGCUAUGCCAAGUCUGCCAAGAGUGACAGGUGCACACAUACAAUAUCCAAUGUUACACAUAGACAUGAAAGAAAGAAACUCUGAAAUUGUAUCUGCCCAUCUAAACACAAAAUCAGGGAGAAAGUCAUCAGUCUUUAGUUAAGCAAAGCAUCUGAAGAGUGACUUGUGAGUCUAAGUAGAAUAAUGAAUAAGGUCCAGUAAACCCAGAAUGUGAUGUCCUUAUAUGAGGACACAGGAUCAAAGGAGGAUACAGAAAGGUGUUUUUGCCCAUCUAAUUACUACACCUAACAAAAAAAAAAAACAUUUGUCUGAGUCUUGUUGAGUGGUUGUGAUUGACCCCUAAGUGAUGAAAGUAGUUAUCACAUAGUAAUUAAAGAUAUAUGGGGACUUCACUAUAACUAUUUAAUGUGUAAGUCCCAGCUUGAAGACAAUUCAGUUGUAGAAAAUGUUCUGAAUCACGAUGCCCUACUCAUAAAAUAUGCAGUGUCAUGGAUUAUAACAUUAUUACUGCAUUAAAAUGUUAAAUCUGUAAAUAUGACUCAAAUUCUUCUCACAUUUAAAAAUAUUUAAGUAAAUUCAGUUCACGAAUUUAAGUGGUACUUGUG